CGAAAGUGAAAUGGUUUCUUUGAGAAUCUGUCGUCUCACCCACACACUCACACAAACCGGCAUUUACUUUCUACUGCUGGUUCGACCCGUUAACUCAAACUAGUCACACUUUUCACUGGAGACUGCCAGCUACACGAGCAACAUGUCAGACAUCGAUGAGGGUUUCUACUCCAGGCAGCUGUAUGUUCUGGGCCAUGACGCGAUGCACCGGAUGGGCACAACCGACGUCCUGAUCGCAGGUAUGCGCGGUCUCGGUGUAGAAAUUGCCAAAAACGUGAUUCUGUCCGGAGUGAAGUCUGUCACCGUCCAGGAUGAGGGCCAGGCUGAGUGGACCGACCUGUCCUCCCAGUUCUUCCUGAAGGAGUCUGAUCUCGGUCAGAACCGAGCCACGUGUUCCCUGCAGCAGCUGUCCGAUUUGAACCCGCGUGUGCGGGUGUCGGCCCACACCGGAGCGCUGGAUGAAGAGCUGCUUCUGCGAUUCCAGGUGGUGGUCCUCACUGACUCCUCACUUGAUGAGCAGAAGCGUUUUGGUGAACUGUGCCAUUCACGGGGCAUCAGGUUCAUCGUCGCAGACACCAAAGGACUCUGUGGUCAGUUGUUCUGUGACUUCGGGGAGGAGUUUGAGGUCUUGGAUAAGGAUGGAGAGACGCCUGCAUCUGCGAUGAUACAAGGAAUCACUCAGGACAACCCUGGAGUGGUGCUCUGCAUGGAUGAUCGGAGACACUCGUUUUCAAACGGCGACAAAGUUUCCUUCUCUGAGGUCCAAGGCAUGACGGAGCUCAACAGGAUGGAGCCCAUGGAGAUCGAAGUCAGAGGCCUGUACUCCUUCAGCAUUUGUGACACUUCAGGCUUUUCCAAGUAUGAGCGGGGCGGAAUAGUGACUGAGGUUAAACAGCCCUUCAAGCUACAUUUUAAACCAAUGAGUGAGGCUCUGCUGGACAACAAGCUGCUGACGAUGAAUGACUUCGGGAAAAUAGCGAGGCACCAGACUCUGCACUUGGCUUUCCAGGCGCUCCACGGCUUUGUGAAGAAAGAACAGCGGCUCCCUCGUCUUCGGUCUCAGCCAGAUGCAGAAACCCUGCUUGGCAUGGUGCAAAAGCUGAACGCAGUGGCACAGCUGGAGGAGCUGGAUGAAGCUGCUGUCAGACGCCUGUCCUUCACAGCUCGAGGUGACUUGGCUCCCAUUAAUGCUUUCAUCGGAGGCCUCGCCGCUCAAGAGGUUAUCAAGGCAUGUAGCAGGAAGUUCACGCCUCUCCGGCAGUGGCUGUAUUUUGAUGCGCUGGAGUGCCUCCCUGAAAAGGAGGACCAACUGGAAGAGGACGACUUCUCAUUAAAAGGCACGAGGCACGAUGGACAGAUCGCUGUGUUCGGGCAUGCGUUCCAGGAGAAGCUGGAGAGGCAGAAGUAUUUCCUGGUUGGAGCUGGCGCUAUUGGCUGUGAGCUCCUUAAAAACUUCGCCCUCAUUGGGCUCGGUGCUGGAGAGGGCGGACACAUCACCGUGACAGACAUGGACUUCAUCGAGAAAUCCAACUUAAACCGACAGUUCCUGUUCAGGUCUCAGGAUAUCAGGAAACCAAAAUCGGAAGCCGCCGCUAAAGCAGUGCGAGAGAUGAACCCACGGAUGAACAUCACGGCUCACCAGAAUCGUCUGGGCCCUGACAGCGAAGGGCUGUACGAUUACAACUUCUUCAUGGGUCUGGAUGGAGUGGCCGCAGCCCUUGACAAUGUGGAAGGCAGGGUGUAUCUGGAUAAACGCUGUGUUCAACACCAGAAGCCGAUGCUGGAGGGAGGAACUCUUGGGAGCAAGGGUCAUACUCUCGUGGUCGUGCCCCACCUGACAGAGUCCUACGGGAAGGACACAUCCACUUCUAAUAAUGCCAUUCCACUGUGCACUCUCAAGAACUUCCCUCACCGCAUCGAGCACACCCUGCAGUGGGCCAGAGACCACUUUGAGGGACAGUUCAAACAAAUACCUGAAAGUGUGAAUCUCUUCCUGAGAGAUAAAGGCUUUCUUGAGCGUACUCUUGGACAUGGAGACGCUGAGGCCCUGGAGGUCCUUGAGGGGGUGUGGAACAACCUGGAGUGCAUGAAGGACGGAGGACAACGUCCGACGAGCUGGGAAGAGUGCGUGAGCUGGGCACGUCGCAAGUGGGAGACUCUUUACAACAACGACAUCCGCCAGCUCCUGCACUGUUUCCCUCCUGAACAGGUGACCGCCACUGGUCUACCCUUCUGGUCUGGAUCCAAGAGAUGCCCUCACCCGCUGACCUUCGAUCCCAACAAUAGCACCCACAUGGAGUAUGUGAUGGCAGCAGCUAACCUGUACGGGCAGAUCUACGGGAUCAACGGGACAAGAGACUUCGCUUCAAUCAGAAAAAUCUUAGAGGGGGUCCACGUGCCGUCUUUCACCCCGAAGUCCUCCGUGAAGAUCCACGUCACCGACAAGGAGAUGGAGGAGGACAAAGCAAAGGGCACCGACGAAGCAGACCAAGCCCGACUGGAAGAGCUGAAAGGAAAGUUGGCCUCACCGUCUCUGAAAGGCUCAGCCGUGCAGAUGUACCCCAUCGACUUUGAGAAGGAUGACGACACCAACUUCCACAUGGACUACAUCGUCGCUGCUUCCAACCUGAGAGCGGAGAACUACGACAUCCCUGCAGCCGAUCGGCACCAGAGUAAGCUCAUCGCUGGACGGAUCAUCCCGGCCAUCGCCACCACCACCGCCGCUGUGGCGGGACUGAUGUGUCUGGAGCUGUAUAAACUGGUUCAGGGUCACCAGAAGCUCAGCUCUUACCGUACAUCUUACUUCAUGCUGUCCGUCCAGUAUUUUGUGUGGGCCCAGCCGAGCCGUCCCCAGUCCUACGAGCUCGCAGGAAAGAAAUACACCCUGUGGAAUGACUUCCUUGUUGACGGGAGACGCGGCGGUCAGCAGGAAAUGACCUUGGGAGAUCUGCGGCAGUAUGUCAAGGAAAACUAUGGCUUGACCAUCUGCACGCUUUUCUACGGACCGGCUAUCGUUUACAAUGGGCAAGAAGAGAGACACAAGCAGAGAGUGUCUGACGUGGUGAAGAUGGUCACCAAGGCGGACAUCCCACCGCACAAGAAGAUGCUGGACUUGGAGCCCUCAUUCGCUGAAGAUGAAGACAACGAGAUGGCUCCGACCAUCAGAUACCUGCUGGUCUGAUGCCUCCAACACAACCUCAAAGCAUCACACGGAAGUGCUUCAAUGUGAAAAAAGAAACUUGACGCUCCUGUGACAUCAUAUCAGUUAAAAACAACUGGGUUUAAUUACUUUAGUUGUUAUUUCUGAAUGAUUCUUUCUCCAUGUCUUUCUGUAUGUCUUUCAUAUCAUUAUAGUUUGUGCUUAUGUUUACUCCAGCAAAACAUGAUCAAUUUGUGUUGUUGAUCACACUUGGACCUUGUGAAUUGAAACAUUCCACUGCCUAAUCUAUUACACUCUCCCUUAGCCAUGUCGCAAAAAAAGAAAUGAAAAAAUUUGCAAAAAUUUUAAUUAGACUUUUUUCUCUGUUGAUUGCACAAGUGGAAACAUAGAACUGGAAUUUCUUUAUUGUUAUUGACAGAAAUGUUAAUAGAAACUUCCUCUAAUUUUUUUUAAGGCUUUUAUUGACGUGUACACUGUGUCUUCGAGAGGUCAGGGCUGAGAGGUUGUGAAGAUGCUCGCCAAGUCGUAUGGAUUAGAUGAGCUGGCGCUUCUGGGGCAGUACUGGCCUGGUUUCAAGGUCUAAUUCGGGUCACCUCUGAGCACGAUGUUGGGUGGGGUGCAGUCAGAACAGUAGGUACAGUGUUGUGACGAUUCGGGGGUGCUCUCUUGCCAUGUGGACACGGCUGUCUUGUGUAAAUCCAGAUCCAAGGCACACGUGCUGACCCCUCCCUCCCAGAAGAAAUGCCAGAACUGGUCAGAGUGGAAAAAGCUGGGCUUGUCUAUGAAGCCUUCGUGUGUCCUCAGAUGGCUUUUUUGUGCAUGUCCUUCCCUUUUCUACAACCUCACAACCAAACACCUUUAUGAUGCCCUGCUCUCCCAGUUGGCUAUAUUUGAAGAAUUGUGUAAAAUCCUCUCUGAAAUUAUAACUGCAACAGCUCACAGUGUGUAUAUUAUUCGUUGUUGGGUUUGUGAUUGAACAGUGCCCUUAUUAGCUAAACAGCAAUGUAAUGAAAGUGUCUCUGAGGAACCAUGUUGGAACCAUCUCUGUGCUUCACAAAUAGCCUUCACUUCCCUUAUCUUUUUAAUAGUUUACAAACUCACUCCACACCACACCCAACCUCCUGUUUUAACUUAAUUAAAUUGGUUUAUAAAGCUUUA